GAUGAAUAUUACACAGAAAUUUUAAUCUCACUGUUUCACCAGGAGGAUUUCUGCCGGUUUUAAUUCAGCAUGUUUCCUUUUUAAUGAUACAAAUAUAGAAAUUUCGAUCAAAUAAUACAGAUCACAAUGCAAGAACUAGAGAGGUGGCCUAUUUUCAGUCUCCUGAAUGAAGAGUUUUUGGUAGCUGUAAGAAUAGCGUGUGUUUUUGGAAACUCAGGAAAUGAAGCGAUUGUUGUCACGAAAGACGAUGAUGUGUUCGCGCUAGGAUCAAAUGGAAGCAGUUGUCUUGGAGUUGGAGAUGCUCAGAGUUGUCUUCAUCCCAGGAAAGUAGAAGCCUUGUGUAAAAAGAAUGUGAUGUCCCUGGCAUAUGGCAGUGGUCCUCACGUCCUUGCAGUGACAGAAGCAGGUGAAGUAUUUACCUGGGGUCAUAAUGGCUACAGUCAACUUGGAAAUGGAAACACAAACCAAGGUUUAAUCCCAUCACCUGUCACUUCUGGACUACAUACGAAAAAAGUUUUUCAAGUGGCCUGUGGUAGUCAUCACUCUCUUGCACUUACUGUAGAAGGAGAGGUGUUUGCCUGGGGAUACAAUAACUGUGGACAGAUAGGUACUGGAAACACAAACAAUCAGACUGUACCCAGAAAAAUAAAUUCAGCAAUGAUAGGGACAAAAAAGAUAAUUGUAAUUGCUUGUGGUCAGACAUCUUCUAUGGCUUUGUCAGAUGCUGGAGAGCUGUUUGCUUGGGGUUACAAUGGCAAUGGUCAGUUAGGAGUUGGUAACAAUGCUAAUCAGUUGACACCAUGCAAAGUUAUUGGACUUGUUGGAACAAUCACAACACAAAUUGUAUGUGGUUAUGCCCACUCACUGGCUCUAUCAGAUGCUGGAUGUCUGUAUGCCUGGGGGGCUAACUCCUAUGGACAGCUUGGAACAGGGAACAAGGCACACUUAGUCACACCAACCAAGAUAGGGUUGGAUAAAGGAAGGUUUGUUGAAGUUGCUGCUUGUCAUUACAGUCACUUAUCAGCUGCUAUGACAGCCACAGGAAAGGUCUUUAUGUGGGGUCAGUGUCGAGGGCAGGCUGUCACAAGUCCUAUGGAAACAAAGUUUACCAGAGUUGACACCACCUUUGCAUGUUUUGCCUCCCCACAGUCGAUGGCAAGACCUCUUAUUGUUGACCAGGUUCAGGAAAAGAGAGUUGAACAGAGUGUUAGAGAUGCAUUUAAUGAUCAGGAAACAAGCGAUCUAACGUUUAUGAUUGACGGCAAACCGGUUUAUGUGCACAAGUCCCUGCUCAAAAUAAGGUGUGAACACUUUCGGAGCAUGUUCCAGGCGCACUGGGAUGAAGAUGAAAAAAGCGUGAUAGAAAUCACACAAUUCAGCUAUCCUGUGUAUUACGCUUUCUUGGAGUAUCUCUACACUGAUCAGGUUCAUCUGCUGCCUGAAGAUGCCAUCGGUCUCUUGGACUUGGCGAAUUCAUAUUGCGAGACACAGUUAAAACAUCAGUGCGAACGGAUUAUCAAACAAGGAAUUACCGUUGAAAAUGCUGCCAUGUUACUUGCAGCAGCCAUUAAAUACGAGGCCUCGGAUCUUGAGGAAUUUUGCUUCAAGUUUUGUAUCAAUCACUUGACAGCUGUCACCCAGACUAAAGCCUUUAAUCAUCUUGAUGAGGGAACUGUCAAAGAAUUUAUUAAGAAAGCCGGCAAGUAUGGUGCUUUUAAGUAUUGACACGAAUCUUGUGAAUGAAAAGAAAGAUCCAUUGCUUCCCUGUUGAUUAUAGUUGAUGGAGGUUGGAGACAUCGGCCAGCGCGUAUAAUGUAAAGGGGUUACAUUCAGGAGACCCAGUGUUUAUUCAGCAGGCAGCUGUCAUCACUAACGUUGCGGCACAAACUUUUCCUUCGCGCGUGAGAAAGUCAAAAGCUUGGGGCAAAGCGAUUCGGCGAGAGAUCUGCGAGGGAUGAAGCCCCACUGUUAGUGCCAGACCCCUCGCAGUUUCGCUUUGUCCAAGGCCACAAACUUUCUUGAGGUCACAGAGACGAUCGUGCUUCAGCGCUGAUAAAAGCCUGUCUGCACGCUACUCUGUUUCUUCUUCGCACCCACUGUAAGCUUUUUUUGUUGAAAAUUACAGUUGCAUUUCGUUAAAAAAAAAUUAAAUACGGUUUCUGGAUUUCUUCUUCGGAAUUAUUUUUUUCCACUUUUCCAUACUUAGGCUAACCUUUGAAUAGUGAUAAUCGAAAAAUUCCGUCGAGGGGCCGGUGGCCUCGUUACUUUCAACACAGUCUGUGGUCAUUCCUUUACCAGACGCGAUCUUAUCAUUAAACUUUAUCAAUAUUUUCUUGAGGAAACAUUCAGAACUAAGCUUUGUAUGAUAUGUAUCAUAACGUGGAAUGUUUUAUUUAAGAAAAGAAUGAUCUACGAUUUAAGAAAACAGCAUUCGAUGUAUAAUUUCAACGUGUUUAGGGUGCCUGGAUGCGUCAAUAAUUUACUUAUUUAUUAGUAUUUGAAAAUAAUAUAUACAUAUGGAAAGUAACUACAUUAAAGUUCACAUGCGAGAUAGUGAA